AUUGCACCUAGUUCUCGAUUUGUAAUUUUUCAGUAUCAAAAUGUCUCUAGUUAAUGCUUACUGCUCAGAGCACACCACUAUCGAAUCCGAGCUCCAAGCUGAGCUCCGCCGAGCAACAAUUGACAGUGUCCCAAUGGCAAUGAUACUUGGUGCGCCGGAAGUUUUCACGUUUGGCCAGAACUUCAUCAGAUCCUUCGGAGGAAAGAGGGUCCUAGAUAUAGGAACAUUUACUGGUGCUUCUGCAUUGGCAUGGGCUCUUGCUGUUCCAGAUGGCACUGGGGAAGUGCUCACUUUUGAUAUAAAUCUCAGCGAUUAUAAAAAGUACGGAGUCCCCAUAAUUUCUAAAUGCAAAAAGACUUUCAAAAAGAUUCGAGCUAUUGAGGGUCCUGCUUUGGAGAAUCUUGACAAACUCAUCGCCGAUGGCCAAUCUGGAUCUUUUGAUUUCGCAUUCAUUGACGCCGACAAGACAAACUACAGUAAGUAUUACGAUAGAUGCGUGACCCUCCUUCGAAAGGGUGGUGUCAUUUUUGUGGACAAUUGCCUCUGGGAUGGAUCGGUGUGUCAGGAGACGACUAGAACAGAUGAAAGCUCCGUAGCUAUUCAUGAGGCCAACGAGAAAAUAUUCCACGAUGACAGGACGUACUCGGCAAUUUUGAAUCUUGGUGAUGGCACCCACGUUGCAUUUAAAAAAUGAAUUAACCCAACAUUUUUUACACAUUUUUUUGAGUUUUCAUACGUUUCUAAAAGUUGUGUAUAUAUUUGUUCGAACUAUUAUCACCCUUUGAUUGUUUCUUACAGGCUUAGGCUUAGGCUUAGGCUUAGGAAAAAACAAAAACACAUAAUUCAAACAAUUUUAAUGAUUAAAAAUUAUUAUCUAUAAAACACUGAAUUCACAA